AUGUCUUCCCGUUUACUUUCUAAAUCUCGUCUUUUAAAGCAAGCUUCUACUCGCCAAGCUAUUCGCAGCUACGCUUCCGAGUCAAAGCAAGCCGCUCAAACCUUCCCUGAAGAAUCCUUUGGUGGUAAUGCCUGGAGAAAUGGCGCCAUUGCCAUUGUUGCUGGUCUUGUUUGGUACCGUGUUGACCAACACAUUACUCGUUCUGGUGAUGAGAAGCAUCCCUUCACUCGUUGGAUUGAAUACCGUAUGACUUCAGCUGAAAAGAACGAUGAAUUCAAUCAAGCCAAAUUGGCCUCUGCUGAAGCUGCUGCUGAAUACAAAUUGUUUGUUCAAGAUGCUCAACGUGCACCCAUCUACCGUAUGAGAUACCCCGAGGCUUUCGAACGUCAUAGUGCUCGUGGACUCACAGCCGGUACUCAAGUUGAUUUGACUGAUCUCAAGGUUAGAUCUGAUUAG